AUGACAACGACGCAGGAACAACGACGCAGUACAACGACGCAGUCAACGACGCAAACAACGACGGCAGGACACGACGGGCAAACAACGACGCAAACAACGACGCAGGACAACGACGCAACACGACCGCAGGACAACGACGCAGGUACAACGACCAGGAACAACGUGACGCAAACAACGACGCAGGACAACGACGCAGGACAACGACGCAAACAGAACGACGCAGGACACAACGCAGGACACGACGCGGACAACGACGCAGGACAACGACCAGGACACGACGCAGGACAACGACGCAGGACAAACGAAGAACUGACGCAAAAAACAGAACGGAACGAAGAGAAACCUCACCAGCAAACAACGAAAUCGCAAACACGAACGCCAGGCAACGACGCAGGACAAUCGACGCAAACAACGACGCAGGAACAACGACUGCGGAACAAACGACGCGCAAACAACGACGCAAACAAUCGACGCAGGACACAACGACGCAAACAACGACGCGUAACAACAACGCAUGGACAAACGACGCAGGACAACGGGACGCAGGACAAACGACGCAAACACGACGCCAGGGACAACGGACGCAGGACAACGACGCAGGACAACGACGCAACAACGACGGCAGGACAACGACGCAAAACAAGCGCACGCAGGUACAACGACGCAGGACAACGACGGCAAACAACGACGCAGGGCAACGACGAAGGACCCGACGCAACAACGACGCAGACAACGACUGCAGGCACGGACGGCAAGACAACGACGCAUUACAACGAACGCAGGAACAACGACCAGGAAACGACGCAGGGACAAGACGCAGGACAAGACGGUCAGGACAACGACGCAAACAAACGACGCAGGACAACGACGCAGACAACCGAAAAACGCAGGAAACAACGACGGCAAAGGACAACGACGCAGGACAACCGACGCAGGACAACGACGCAGGACAACGACAUGCGCACGCGGAUGUUCGGCAUACCUGUAAAAAGCCUCCGUAGGAUUUCAUUAUCAAUGCUCUCAACAGAGCCUGCAAAGUCCAUCCACAAAGAUCCUGGCAAGGAAAGUCUACGUCUUGUUAUGCAUGUUUUAUGGUCAUGCAUGUACGUCUACUGCAUCGCCAUGCACAUAUCUCAAAGUCUUGAACAUUGA